AUGAAUGAGGACGAACAGCAGUCUUUUCAAGCGUUAAAGAGUAGAUGGGCCCAACAAGCAAAGCAGGAACAGCCGCCUUCAGUUGUAUCACCACCACCCAUUCCACCUAAACCAACAGCUGCUCUACUGCAUAAAGUACAUGUUGAUGAGGACCCUACAAAAAGGACGCAAGAACAGACAUCUAAUUUCGAGGAUGCUGCAAAGAAAGUAUCUUUACUCACUCAACAGUUUGAAAAGCAAAAGAUGGACGUGGCACCCGGAAAUUUCUCAAAUGCUUCCUCGAGAGCAUCGUCUCCACCUCCAAGCACACUACCAGCAUUAGCACCAGCACGGACAGUGGUGGCACCUGUACUGACGACACCGCCUAAGCCUAUAUUGAAAAAGGCGCCUGCACCACCUCCUCCUUCUGGCAACACAGCAGCAAAUGUAGUUCAAUCACCACCUAGCUUUGACAAUGAUCCAUUUACACAUGACGAUGGAUCCAGUGAUGGAGAUAGCGAUAUAGAAGAGACAGAAGAAGGGGAUGAAGCGGACAUGUUCUCUCAUGAAAACUCGUCAAGCAGUGGGGAUGGAGACAAUUUAAUAGAGCAGGUGCAUAAAGCACAUUUGAAGUAUACAAAAUUAGAGGAAACACGUUUCAUUGGUGCUCCAGGUGUGCGAAACCAUGAUCUACCCUCUGCCGCAGAAAACAACCAGCAACGAGGCAGAGCUUCAUCGCCUGCUUCGUCUGUGAAAUCAUCCACUGUAAAAAAACCGCCUCCACCUCCUCCACCCAGCAAAAAGUACCACAGUUCAGCUCGUGGCACCAUCGCACCUACAACAGCCGCUCCCGCAACAGCAGCUCCCAUCAUUCAACAUCCUCCAGCACCACCACCCGUAGUGGCCAGUAUACCCAUGCGUCCUAAACAAGAUAUGCCUCCUCCUAGUGAUGCUACUAUCAUUUCACCACCUGUAUUACCACCUCGUCCUCCUCCAGGAGGCACAAGCCCGCUCAUGCCGCAACUGCCUCCUCGACCCUCACAAUCUACACUCGCCAGAGCACACACCAUUGCCAGUGGAUCACACUCACCUCAACUCAAAAACAUGUCGCCCAGCUCCACUUACUCGGAUCCGCCCUCCUCCUUUAGCGAUUACGAUGAAGAGGACAGUCGCAGUAACGGGCUGAAACGAGCCAAUACAGUGUCAACCAACAAACGAGCCAUGUCUCGAAGCGAAUUGCUCAUGACCAGCUCCAUCUACCCUGAUUUCUCCAAGGCAACUCGAAACGCACCUUCCAUCAUAUUAGAAAAGCCCUUUUCAACAGGCCAUAAAGCAUCACUCAGUGCGCUGGCGGCGAGUAGAAAUCUCAUCAUCACAGGCUCGGGAUUGCUCCGUACCUGGGAUGCACAGACGGGGUCCGUUAUCAGUACAAUCGUCAUGGAUGCCAACAGCAGCAGCAGUAAUGCAAGUCAGAAUAAUGGAGGCGAGAGUAACGAUCGUAUUCGAGCAGUCGCUGUAGCGCCGUGUCGCAUUCCAGUGGAUGAAGGUCGUUAUAUAUGGGUGGCCAGACAGGACACCAUGCUGGCAGUGGUUGACAUAAGAUCAGGCGGCCAUAAGGUCCUCAGCAAGCGUAACGAUGUGCACAUGGCACCCAUCUUGUUUCUAUUACGCUAUGGCAAUUCUGAGAUUUGGUCCAUUGAUGAUGGAGGUGUCUUGAACGUAUGGGAUGUUGUGUCUGCCGAUUACCACAGCCAGCAGAACCCUUUACUGACAGCCAUGCCGAGACGGUACCAUGUCACCUCACAUGCAGUGGCUGCUGUUAUCUACGGUUCCAAACUAUGGAUGUCUUCAGGCAGAACCUUGUCUGCCCACGCUAUUCCCAUAGCCGGUUCUCAAGUGGGAUCCAACGACACCAAAUCACAGCCUCCUAUCCGCAUUCCAAACGAUAUGGGCAACAUUACCAAGUUGAUGACCAUUCCUUACCAUCCGUACCGCAUUUUUGCUUCUCAUGAUGACGGUAAAAUCAGCAUGUGGGAUGCCAACACAAUGGAACGACUGCAAGUGAUUACAGUAUCCAUGUACGGUAUUUGUACCAUGGCAAGUGUGGGUGAAUAUCAUGUGUGGGCGGGCUACAAUACGGGUAUGAUCUACGUGUAUGAUACCCGACCCGAGAAAUGGGUGGUGCUCAAAAUGUGGAAGGCGCAUACAGGUGCUGUUACUCAGUUGGUGGUGGAUGAAUCCAGUCUUUUGUUGGAUGAAAACAGAGGUCGCUUGCAAGUCGUCAGUAGCGAUUCCAAUGGCUUUGUGGGUGUAUGGGAUGGUUUGUUGACUGAGCAUUGGAAAGAUGACCAUUUGCAAAAGAGGGCUUCUGAGUAUUGCACAUACGAUGAUGCGCGUGUCAUGAUUUGCUCCUGGAAUAUCGAUGCCAACAAGCCAGAAAAGAUUCUCGGAGAAGACGAUAGACAGGUGCGUGAAUGGCUGGGAUCCAUGCAGGAUCCUGAUAUCAUUGUGGUUGGCAUCCAAGAAAUUGUGGAUCUAGAGUCGAAAAAGCAGACAGCUCGCUCUUUGUUCUUUAAAAAGAAGGUAGAUCCGCAUGAAACAGAGGAAGUGCUAACACAUCGCUACAAAUUAUGGCAUGAUUAUCUCGUCAGAAUCAUUGGAGAGAAUUAUGGACCACACACUUACACUGUCAUCAAGACCGAUCAGCUCGUGGGACUAUUCAGUUGUAUCUUUGUGCGCACAACGGAUGUGGAUCGUGUGUUUGAUGUGGACUCUACUUCGGUCAAGACGGGUCUCAAGGUGAUGAACAAGAGUAUCCAUGGCAAUAAGGGCGGUAUUGCUAUUCGAUUUGUCUAUGACCACUCCUCGCUGUGCUUUGUCAAUUGCCAUUUAGCAGCUGGUCAGUCGCAUGUACAACAGAGAAAUGCUGAUGCUGAAGGCAUUCUCCAGACCGCUGGCUUUCCUCGACACGAAUAUGCUGAUGUCUUUAGUCAUGGCGGUGAUGGCUCCAUGGUAUUGGAUCAUGAAUUCUGCUUCCUCAGUGGCGAUCUCAAUUAUCGUAUCAAAAUGCCUCGCAACGAAGUUCUCAAGAUUUUGAUCAACCCAGACAAGUAUGCAGCAUGGGAGAAAUUACAGGUGCAAGAUCAAUUGCUACGACAAAAGAUCAACAAUCCCUUAUUCAAGCUAUUGACUUUUGAAGAGGCGCCCAUUCAUUUCGAUCCAACCUAUAAAUACGACCCAGGAACAGACUUUUAUGACAGAUCAGAAAAGAUGCGUGUACCUGCUUGGUGUGAUCGUGUCCUGUACAAGGGCCAUGAUAUCAAGAAUCUGUAUUACCGUCGAUUUGAACCACGUUGCUCGGACCAUCGUCCUAUUGCUGCUGGUUUUAGUUUCAAGACAAAGAUUACAGAUCCAAGGAAACGAGAUCAACUCAUGGUCAAGGUGGAUGAAGAAUGGCGAGAUCAUCUGGAUCGAUUUGUGAGGGACAAAAAGGCGCGCUAUGUAGCUGACUAUGAGAGAUGCACACUGAACGAUGCCUUCAACCUGCUAGACAAGUCUGAUUGGGAUGUAAAUGAUACUGUCAUUAGACUAUUAGGUGCAGAAUAA